AUGUCGCCGCAACCCACGCCACAGAUCACAGACCAUGGUAACAACACUGGUGAGGGCUCGGAUGAAGGACUACGACAGGACAUCCAGCCGCAACAUCAUCAACAGGAGCAUCAGCAACAGGUGAAGAGUCGCGCGCUCAGCUGCCUUCCAUGUCGCGAACACAAGCUCAAGUGUGAUCGCCAGGUACCUUGCAAGAGCUGUGUACGGUCGAACCGUGUGGAUCACUGUCGCAAGCAUCCUGCCCCUAUCGGAAGGAAUGGGGCGCUUACCUCAAUGUCAGGAUCAGAAUCAGGAUCAGAAUCAGGAUCAGGGCCAAACUCAGAGCCAAAAUCAGGACCAGAAUAUAGACCAGCGCAUCGCUCGGAACCAGACUCUGCGAUCUCCAACUUCCAGCUACCAAGAAAAUUCCUUGGACGCCGCAAGAAGCAGCGCCUCAAGCAGCCAUGGCCAGCAACCUGUCGAUGCCAGAUAUCAGAAUACCUCUUUACCUGGAACUACGCUCAAUCAGACCUCACGGUAUCCCGUCAAGAGAGUCAGCACUGUCCACAUGACCAACGUCUAUGA